CGGCGCUGCGGCGGGCUGUGCGCGGGAGGGCCGGUGCGGCGGCGGGCGGGGCCGUGGCCGGGCCUAGCAGCCCCUCCCGGCUGCUGCGCGGUCUGGCGGGGAGGGGGCGGCUCGCCGCGCUGCCGCGGCUUGGCCUGCCCGUGCCGGUGCCCGGGUCCGUGCCGGUGCCCGUGCCGGUGCCCGUGCCGGUGCCGGUGCCCGUGCCGGUGCCGGUGCCCGUGCCCGUGCCCGUGGCGGUGCCCGUGCCGGUGCCCGUGCCCGUGCCGGUGCCCCCGGCCUAGCAGCGCUUGCGGCCGCGCCGCGCCGCUCCGCCCGGGCCGGGCCCCGGUAGCUGCCCCCGCAGGAGGAGCCGUCGUCCCGCUGCCCCGGGGCCCCUGCCUCGUCGCCGCCGGCCUCGCCCCCCCUUCGGGAAAUCGCCCGGGGCGGCCGGGCUGGGGUUGGUGUCUGCGCCGCUCCCGGCGCCCGAGAGGAGGGGAGAACGGCAGCGGUGCCUUCGUUAAUAAACCUCUAUUAACAGUCGCCGUCUCGGAGGAGUUGUGAUGCAGUGAAGUUUCAUGCUUAACAAUCUCAUCAAAUCUCCUUAUUAAAAGCAUUCUCCCCAGACAAGGAUUGAUCUUACUGCCACAGUUGCUCUGUGAGCAGCAUAACACGUGCUCUGACGUAGAAGUGAUAAGCCAGGAGGUUUUUAUGGAAUUUGCUAAAUUUGGUGUUGUCUAGCAGAAGGAGCUCCUGGUCAGGAAACAGGAAACGUUUCCACCACUGCUGUACUCUGUCUGGGUUAGAAGGUGCUGAUAGAUUUGGAGUUACGAAAGGUGCUGCUCAAACAGGCAGAACUGUAUGUUUAGAAGCUGGUCUUCAUCUUCUCGGUUGCAAGCACACUGAACUUCUGUGUUAAUAGAACAUGGAGAGCUUUCUUCAAUACACCAAGUCCAAAUAGCUUUUAAUUAUUAACUAUAGAAUAGGUGUUCUUUUUCUUCCGAAGCAAUUAAGUGUCUGUGAUAAGAGUAGAGCUUUUACCUUUCAUAUGUAAGUAUGCAAUUAACCUUAAUAUAAAUAGCCUUUGUGACAAUGGGGGUAACUGGUCAUGCGUGCAAAGGUACUUCACUGAUUAAGAGGUGAACUUUCAGGGUUGUUUUUUUUUUUUUUGUCUCUUUGUGUUGUUUGCUUUUAGUGUCUACAGCAGUUUCAUGUAGGAAUUUUAACAAAACAUUGCCAGGAUCAGUAUUUUAAAAUGCCAGCUAUAUGUAUUCUUAAAGGUCACAAUCCUGCAGAUACUUGACUUGGCUUAAAUGAGGCUGUGGGUCUAUAUGCUAAAUCAUCCUUGCAGCCCGUCUGCGUGCAGUAGUACCUGUACUCCCCUGGAGUGCACAGGUCUCCACUCCUAGAGCUGCCUCUUGUUUUCUUUUUUGGUGGCUGCUGCCACCAGUGAUGUGAUCAGCCUUGCUUGGCUGCUGCAGUCCUUGUCCUUCAGCCUUUCACUGCAGGGAUUGUCCUUUCGAAUCCUGCAUCAUCACCUAUAACAGGCUUUGUUUAAAAACCAAAAUGAAACAAAAAACCAACAUCCAAACCCACUCUUUUAGUGGUUAAUGCCACAUUGAGUAUAAGGUUAAUACAAGACCUGAUCAUGCCUUCUUUUUUCUUAAAUUGCUGGUACUUCGGAAGUGGGGCACAAAGAAUAACUCUCUUUGAACAUCCUUAUCUGAAUGGCACUAGAAUGAUCUGCUGGGGAACCGGGAAACAACUUCCUAUCUAAUUUCUUAUCACCAACAUAGGGUAGUCUAGGGAGCUGAAUUAGUCCCAAGACACUUAGAGGCAAGGUCUACAUCUCAGCUUCAGGCCGUGUGUCAGCAGCUUCUGAUUGCUGUUAGGUGACUGUGGUAACCUUUGAUAUGAUCGUGUGGCAGAUCAUAGCUGCCCUUCUUGGAAGAGACUGCAAGAAUGUCUUCAGCUGUAGCGGCUGAUGUGUACUUCCUUGUGUAUCUGUGAUGGGACUAGGAAGCCUGAAUAUUGUGUACUCAAAGCCAGAACCAUCUUGAUCUUCUUUGUGUGUGUGCCAGAGCUGUGUUAAUGAUUUUGUCUCUCUUGGACAAUACACCCAACAGCAUUAACUCAACACUUAAUUUUCUUGCUGUGAUUAGUGAGCGGUGAGACACGUAAGCUCUCUCACCGAGCGGGGACUGGUCUGAAUGUUUGACCUCCAGGAGUAGAUAGCUCAGGAAGCAAUGAGAAUGAUGCAGAACCAUCAGCACUGUGUACUGUCAGCAUCUCUCAUAGCAAAUAAAUAAUGGUGUGGUGGUGGUGUGGGCUGAGCGCCAUACAGGAGCCUUGCUGGUACCGUUUCUGUAAGGGAAGUUGCCACCCACCUGGCACAUAAACUCAUUGAUAGCCCAGCACUAGAGCUGAUUCAGGCGUGGUGGCAAAGCCUCAUGUUGUUAGCCUUUGAUACUAGAAUAGAGCUCCACUUGCCUGAUUCCCUUUGAGAGCAACAGUCUGUCUGAGUUUUAGAUGCCUUAGUUACGCUUGUAGCUAAAAGUUCACUUUCAUCAAGAGUCUGUCGUCUCUGUUGGUAUAAAUCUAGUCAGAUAAGGGAUCUACUUAGAGAGAAACUUGUAAAAAGUUUUGGUUAUAGCCUUUCCCUUUUCCCACUCCACCUGAGAUCACAAGGCUUUGCCUGUUAACACCAAGGGCAUGCCUGAUGCCUCAGUAGCCGUCGGCUUUCAGUGGGAAUCUGGAUUUUACCUGGUUGGAGUAUGUCAUGUCACAGCCUCUAGAAUAGCUACAGAGUGAGGCAGAGGCUUUUUUCUGGGAUAGGAGCAGGAAUGUAGAGAACUUGCUGCUUUUUUAGUUCUUAGGGCAAAGGUUUUCCUGCUGCUUGAUAUGUUUUUUUCCAGGAGGGAGGAGAGAGCAAGGGAUUGGAGAAAACAACCCUCCUCCUCUUCUUGCAUGAUUUACUUCAUUAAAUGAUCAGCCAUCAAGCUGAUAGUGUACUUGCUAAGGUCUCUUUCUGCACUGGCGUGCUGAGGCAGCAGGGCACAGGAAUGAAAAUGGUUCCUGAGCAUGUGGGGCAUCCUACCCUUGUCCUUGUCUGGAAAUAGGGCUGAAUGGAGCACACAGUAAAAUGCCUGUAUAGCCUAGUCUGCCGAUGCUGUUGCUCUCACCAGCAGAGAGCACUGAUGAAUUACAGCAUUAACUCUUGCUGAUCGGGACACUUUCCUGUGCUGGGUGUGCACUGUGCCUCAAAGCUUGUGUGGGAGCAGGCAGCACUGGGCUUGGUGCACAAGCAGAAGACCGGCAUGAGCUGGGAGUCGGGCAGAGGAGAUCGUCCUUGGUGUGGUCUUCUUGAGCUGAAAGGAUGAAAACUGGCAACUGGAAAGUCACCGUCACUGUCCUAAGUUUCAUCCUAACUUCUGGAUUCCCAGCUGAUGUAUUUGGGUGUAUGAGCCUGCGAGAGUGUCCACUGUCCCCUUCCAUGAUUUAGACAGCGGCUUGGAGCAUGCAUCAUUAGCGGGAUGGUCGGCCACCGAAGCUGCAAUGUCGUCCCUGACGACGUCCAGUGAGGGAGAGGGCUCCACUCCCAGGUUUGUUGUCGGUUCCAGGGAUGAUGAGACAGACUUUCUGGGAUCAAACAUGAAGACAGACGAAACCGAUUUCUUUGAAGAUGAUGAAGAGGAGGAGUCGCCACCUGAACGGCAGAUUGUGGUUGGAAUCUGUGCCAUGACCAAAAAGUCCAAGUCAAAGCCCAUGACACAGAUUCUGGAGCGUCUGUGCAAGUUUGAGUAUAUCACAGUGGUGAUUAUGGGGGAAGAUGUUAUUCUGAACGAACCGGUGGAGAACUGGCCCUCUUGUGACUGCCUAAUAUCGUUCCACUCCAAAGGAUUCCCCCUAGAUAAAGCGGUUGCUUAUGCCAAGCUGUGCAAGCCAUUUCUGAUUAAUGACCUUGAUAUGCAGUAUUAUAUCCAGGACAGGCGUGAAGUGUAUCGGAUCCUUCAAGAGGAGGGAAUAGACUUGCCCCGCUACGCUGUGCUCAAUCGAGACCCUGAUAGACCAGAAGAGUGCAACCUGGUGGAAGGAGAGGACCAUGUGGAGGUAAAUGGAGCUGUUUUCCCAAAGCCAUUUGUAGAGAAGCCAGUCAGUGCUGAAGACCAUAAUGUGUAUAUUUACUACCCGACGUCAGCAGGUGGGGGCAGCCAACGGCUCUUCCGGAAGAUUGGCAGCCGGAGUAGUGUGUACUCCCCAGAGAGCAGUGUGAGGAAGACAGGCUCAUAUAUUUAUGAGGAGUUCAUGCCUACAGAUGGCACUGAUGUGAAGGUGUACACUGUUGGGCCAGACUACGCCCACGCAGAGGCUCGCAAAUCCCCUGCUUUGGAUGGGAAGGUUGAACGGGACAGUGAAGGGAAAGAGAUCCGUUACCCAGUCAUGCUGACUGCCAUGGAGAAACUGGUUGCCCGGAAAGUCUGUGUAGCCUUUAAGCAAACGGUGUGUGGGUUUGACCUCCUGCGGGCAAACGGCCACUCUUUUGUUUGCGAUGUGAACGGCUUCAGUUUUGUGAAGAACUCUAUGAAGUAUUAUGAUGACUGUGCCAAAAUCCUCGGAAACAUAAUAAUGCGGGAAUUGGCUCCCCAGUUUCAUAUUCCCUGGUCCAUCCCAACAGAGGCAGAAGACAUUCCCAUUGUCCCCACAACUUCAGGCACCAUGAUGGAGCUUCGUUGUGUUAUUGCAGUCAUCCGGCACGGAGAUCGCACCCCAAAGCAGAAGAUGAAGAUGGAAGUUAAGCAUCCCAGGUUCUUUGAAUUAUUUGAGAAAUAUGAUGGCUACAAGACAGGGAAGUUGAAGCUGAAGAAACCAGAGCAGCUACAGGAAGUGCUGGACAUUGCACGGCAGCUUGUGGUGGACCUGGGAACCCACAGUGACUGCGAGAUAGAGGAGAGGAAAUCCAAACUGGAACAGCUGAAGAGUGUCUUGGAGAUGUAUGGACAUUUUUCUGGCAUUAACCGUAAGGUUCAGUUGACUUAUCUGCCUCAUGGACAUCCAAAAGCUGCAAGUGAAGAUGAAGAAGCUCGCCGAGAGUCUUCCCCAUCCCUUCUCCUUGUGCUUAAGUGGGGUGGAGAGCUGACACCAGCAGGAAGAGUCCAGGCAGAAGAGCUUGGGCGAGCCUUUCGCUGUAUGUACCCUGGUGGCCAAGGUGAUUACGCUGGUUUCCCUGGAUGUGGCUUGCUCAGGCUGCACAGCACCUACCGUCAUGAUCUCAAGAUCUACGCCUCAGAUGAGGGACGAGUUCAGAUGACAGCAGCAGCUUUUGCAAAGGGUCUGCUGGCCCUGGAAGGAGAGCUGACCCCCAUCCUGGUGCAAAUGGUGAAAAGUGCCAAUAUGAAUGGUCUCCUGGACAGUGACAGUGAUUCCCUUAGCAGCUGUCAACACAGAGUGAAGGCACGACUGCAUGAAAUCAUGCAGAAGGAUGCUGAGUUCUGUGAAGAGGAUUACGAAAAGCUAGCGCCUACAGGCAGUGCUUCUCUGCUCAACUCCAUGACAUUUAUCCAGAACCCAGUAGAGGUCUGUAACCAGGUGUUCACCCUGAUUGAGAAUCUCACCUCCCAGAUACAAAAACGCCUGGAAGAUCCAAAAUCUGCAGACCUGCAGCUGUACCACAGUGAGACUUUAGAACUGAUGCUGCAACGCUGGAGUAAGCUGGAGCGAGAUUUCCGCAUGAAGAAUGGGCGUUACGACAUCAGCAAGAUCCCUGAUAUCUAUGACUGCAUCAAGUAUGAUGUACAGCACAACUGUGCACUGAAACUGGAAGGCACAGCUGAACUCUUCAAACUCUCCAAAGCCCUGGCAGAUGUGAUCAUACCCCAGGAGUAUGGGAUUAAUAAGGAGGAGAAACUGGAGAUUGCUAUUGGCUUUUGUCUUCCCCUCAUUAAAAAGAUCCAGUUGGACCUACAGAGAACCCAUGAAGAUGAGUCUGUCAACAAACUACAUCCCUUGUACUCAAGAGGAGUUCUGUCACCAGGUCGUCACGUUCGGACACGGCUCUACUUCACCAGUGAGAGCCAUGUGCACUCUCUGCUCAGUAUCUUCCGAUAUGGGGGGCUCCUGGAUGAAAACAAAGACCAGCAGUGGAAGAGAGCCAUGGACUAUUUGAGUGCUAUCUCAGAGCUGAACUACAUGACCCAGAUUGUUAUCAUGCUCUACGAGGACAACAACAAGGACCCAUCUUCAGAAGAGCGUUUCCAUGUGGAGCUGCAUUUCAGCCCUGGCGUGAAAGGCUGUGAGGAAGACAGAAACGUGCCCACGGGGUUUGGCUUUCGGCCUGCCUCCGCGGAGAGUGAGGACAAGAAAGCAGACCAGGGCAGCCUGGAGGACCUCUCCAAAGAGAAGAGCACCGACGAGGCAGACCGUGCACAGCAGAGGUCUCCACAGCCUUCGGAGCCAGUCGGCAUUCAGCGAAGGUCACCGCUGAUCAGGAACAGGAAGACAGGGUCCAUGGAGGUGCUAUCUGAAUCUUCUUCCAAAACAGGAGGUUAUCGCCUCUUCAGCACUUAUUCCAGGCAGUCUUCUGAAAUGAAGCAAAGUGGCUUAGGGUCACAAUGCACCGGCCUGUUUAGCACCACUGUGCUGGGAGGCUCCUCCAGUGCCCCCAAUCUCCAGGACUACGCACGCAGCCAUGGCAAAAAGUUUGCCAACAGCCUGACAUACAAAGACGAGCUCUUGUCUAUGCCAGCCGUAAAACGAUUUUCUGUGUCGUUUGCAAAGCAUCCGACUAAUGAUGCGUUUGAGCACCACCACGUUGCCCAGUUGCUGCGCCGUUUUUCCUCUGACUAUGCCACGAGCCGGAACAUCUUCCUGGAUGCCACUCUAGCCCAUCACCUCCAGCAGUGCUCCUACCACCUGCGUCUCUUCAGGAGAUGGCUGAUCUCAGGGCAGGAUGACUUGGAGUGUCUUUACGGUUUUGAAGGCUGUUCCAUGGUUCCCACCAUUUAUCCCCUGGAGACCCUGCACAACUCCCUCUCUUUGCGACAGGUCAACGAGUUCCUGACGGCUGUGUGCAGGAGCUGCAGUGAAUCCCAUGUCCAGUCUACCGCAGCUUUGUUCGAUUCAAUGAUUGGCAGCCAGAUACCAGGAGACCCCUUUAUGUCCCAGCGAAUCCUGUCAUCGUCCUCUUUGCCAUUGCGUCAGCGUUCGGAUAAGCCCCCGUGGUACAGCAGUGGCCCCUCCAGUACUGUCUCCAGUGCAGGCCCAUCCUCCCCAACCUCUGUGGAUAACUGUGCUCGUUUCAGCUUCACUGAGAAAUUUUCCAUCAGUCCCCCAAGAAGUGAGGAGCAGCUGACUAGCCAGUCCCCUGAGCAAGAAGAGAGACAGCCUCCAGGCGCAGGGCUUGAUGUGGAGGUGGGGGUGUCAGGGUUGUUGGUGGCAGAGCCAAGUACCCUUGAGACCGUGACCUGGAGCAAGGGCCCAGAGACAGGCAGGGUGCUGGAGCUCUGCAAGAAGGAGCUGGUGGAGGAGGACUCUAACCUGGAGGAAGAGAGCACGGUGGAGCUGGAUGAAGAAGAAUCAGCUGGGGAAAUGGUAGAGCCAAGUAACACUGGGAACCCAAAGCACGAUGCAGGGUCUGACAUAAGGCUGGCUGGGGAGAGCGUGAGGCCAGAUGAGGGUUGUGCAGGGGGAGUGACUGGCCUGGAGCAGUCAGGGCUGUCCGAGGAGAUCUUGGUGCCCUGUGAAGAGGAGCUGCUGGGAGAGGUGUUGGACCCAGAGCACGUGGGCACGGAGCUGGUGGGGGCCAGUGCUCUGCCAGGCCAGCUUCUGUCUGGUCACCUGUGCCAGGGGCAGCCACUGUCUCCUGAGAAAAGCGUGGAGGAGCUGCAGCCGCUGUGUCGGGAGGAUCAGCAGAAUUAGUGGCUCACUGGACAGAACACCGCAAGCGCUUCUAGCCUGGUGGCAGCCCAGCUUCCUGCACAGCACCUCAUGCAGCUGGCCGGCUGCAGCACAGAACAAGCCAUGUCCCAAGGUCACAGGACUCUGGAGUGUGGAAGAGGCUUCUCUGCUCCUCCGCAAGCCAGCUCUUUGCCAUUUGGCAAGAGACAACGCCCCAUCUGCCUUGUUAAAUGAACAACAAAUGCAGUCUUGGUACUGGCAUGGCACCUUCACGGAGCAGGGACAUGGGGCUGCACUGGUGUCCCAAGGGCUGUAUGCUCACUGGGACAGCAGAGGUAGAGGACUGGUGCAGCCAAGGCUUUUGGGGUGGUAAGUCCAAAGGGGACAGAUGCUCCCUUGAGAUUUUUUGGCCCAUAGCCUUCAGAGAAAGGCAUCCUGGGCCCAAAGUAAUCAGAUCCAUCACAACCACCAACCUCCUCUCUGUUCCUUCCUUCUUCCUCUCUCAAUUCCCACCACUGGACACCAAAAACAGGUCCAGAGAGUCCAUGGCAGGAAGACUAGGAAAAGCAGAAAGCAUUCUGAAUGAGUGUGGGAAGGAGAUUAAUGAGGGGAUAGGGUUCAAGACUGCCACUUGCAAGAAAAUGACUCUGGCAUGAACUUGGAUGUUUUCCUGCUGGGCUGGGGCAGGCAGGCAGGAGCGGGGGGAUCCAGCCUGAGAGGUGAGCAGGGAGGACACACACGGGUUUUUUUUUCUAGUCCCCAAGGGUCAGGCAGGGUACAGCUCUGAAGUCUUGGUGGCGGAAAUUUAAAGAAACUGGUAUUUGAACAAAUCAGGAUUAUUAGAAAUCAAUAAGGAGAAAUCUUUAUUAUAUAUAAAAUGAAAAGUAUUUAAUACGUAUUUAUGUAAAUGACUCGUGAGCACAAGCCUGAGGGCGAGCUUGACACGGGUGUCCCUGCUGCAUCCUGAGUGCAGGCCAGGGCUGUGCCUCCUGCGCCUCCUGUAUUUAUGGACAAGUCUGCGUGUUUGUCUGUAGCUAGGAUCUGUGUUUUUGUGAAGCUGUGCCCAAAGAUCUCCACGCUGUGUUGUGAUGAUGUGUGUUCACAGUAAAUCUAUGCUGUGGG